AUAAAGGGAUGGGUCUACCAAUUUUUUGUUUUCACUCCGAGAUGGCGCAACCUUCGCCGAAUUAUUAUAUUUUCCGUUUUUUUUUCAUUCGAAAUAAAAAGCUGUUACGUGAUUGGUGGAGCGUUUAAAAUGGAGGUAACUUUUUUACAUUGCCUGAAAGGCACGCGAUGUGUCAACAGACCAUACACAUAAUUGGACUACGACUCGAACGAGGCAAUUAAACUUUCAUCGCAGUUACUAUUAUUUCUGAGUUUGGGAUGUUAACUCAUGCUGCGGAGUUUCAGAUUGCCAAAAUUUCGACAAAGGAAUCGCUCUUCCAACGACUUUUGCGAAGAAAGUGAAUCUCUGCAUUCUGCCGCUUCGACGGGGAACGUGGACAGAAUUAGAGAACUUUUGGAUUUCGGUGUUCGCGUUAAUGUGAUUAACGAGCAUGGAAACACCGCUUUGCAUCAAGCAGCCUGGAAUGGAUUCAGUCAAACCAUUGAAAUUUUAUGCAAGAAGGGAGCUGAUGUUUAUGCAAAAAAUAAAGCAGGAUUUUCGGCACUCCAUCUGACCUGUCAGAACGGGCACAAUCAGAGUUGUCGUAUUUUGCUCUUGGCAGGAUGCAAGCCUGAUAUAAAAAACAGUUAUGGUGACACCCCUCUUCACACUGCAGCAAGAUAUGGUCAUGCAGGAGUAGCUAGAAUUCUCAUCAGCGCUCAUUGCAACAUAAACGAAACAAAUAAGAAUGGAGAUACUGCUUUACAUAUAUCAGUUGCUAUGGGAAGAAAGAAGUUAUCUCAGAUAUUUCUUAAUGCAGGAUGUAGUCAGUUUAUCAAAAAUAAACAAAAAGAAAAGCCAUUGGAUAUUGCAAGAAGAAAGAAAUACACAGAAAUUGAACACAUUUUAUUAAGACAUACAAGAGAGAGAAAUUUGCAGGGAAGACUGGGAAGAAAGGCUAAAGAAUUCAGUGAGGCAUCUCAAGGAAGCAGAGAUAGUACUGAUAAUGCUGAACAAUUUUGGAAGGAAAAUAAAUUGAAUUUUGAAAGGAGUGACAUGGAAUAUCAAAGAUACAAAAAACAACAGAGCCCAUAUGGAUGCCAUAUGUUUCCAAAUCCAGAUGUAUUUCCUCCUAUCAAGCUCAAUACUUUGCCUAGUGAACCACUGAUGAAAGGAGAACAAUAUUACAUAGAUUUGGCAGGAAAUAUUAAAAAAGGACCAACAGGUUUUGGACAUAACUGCUAUUGUAAACCUUUAAUUAAGAGAGUGGAAAAAAUAUUAGAAGCAGGUAAAGAACAAGUUAUCAAUUGUGUUGAUUACAAUCACAGAAACCUAAAUGCCCGAAUUGAAUACUUGGAGCACCAAACAAAAAAUCAUCUUAACUCAUUACAUCAGACUAUAGAAAAAAAAUUAGAACUAGAAAGAAAAGAAUGUGUGGGAAGAUAUGAAAAGCAUAUCAAGAAUAAAAACUUUGUCAAUAAAUCUAUUCAGCCAAAGAUGCUAGAAUUGCAUUCUACAUCUCAUCAUAAUUUGGGUUUUUCAUUAAAUCCUAAUUCAGAAAAUAAAAAUGUACCAAGGUGUAGACAUCCAAUUCUUUUGGUUCCUUCCUAUCAACGUUCAAAAUCUGAAGAAAUGUUGAGUGAAUUAAAUGGAAUUGAUAAAUCAAAGUGUUUAGCAGCAUCUGAAGAUAAUUUUGAUGGAGACUUAAUCAAUUCUAAUAAGAAAGAACAAGAUAUAUAUUCAAACAGUAAUAUGAUUGAUUUGACAAAAAAUUCUAGUCACAAUAUACAAUCAAACCAACAGAAUAUUAACUCAUACUAUCAGUCUACAACUUGCAUAUGA